AUGGCUUUCACCCGCCCCGGGGGAGCCAACGGUGGCGCGGCUAUCUUCGAUACUUUAGCCAAAUUCUAUAUAGCUGUGGCUAUAACUUGGACGACUGUUAUCCUUGCCGGCUCCGUAUUUCUUAUCCUGAAUCGUCAUGAGCAAUGCAUUCGCAUUCGCAACUUGCCUCUCGUGUUGAGUGCGGUGUCAUGUCUCCAUGUCUACUGGAUCUUGUGUAUGGUCGCAUAUUCGAUGGGUGAUAAUUAUCCAUGUGUCGCAGAAUACUGGAUCAUGAGCAUCUAUUUCCCCGUGGGAAUUGCACUUUUCCAAGCAAACAGCAUGCAGCUCCUGAACGUCUUUGGCAUUCAGGAGAAGUUGCUUUUGAACGCGCAGCAACCAUACAGACCCCAAUUUAUCAAUACGCCGGCAUCGUCUACUCGGUACUUGGCUCGAUGGAAGCAACUCAACCUCGUACAACGCACGCAAUUGGGCAUUGCUGUUGGGAUGGUGGCUCAACUGCUCAUAUCGCUCUCUAUAUUCCUCAGCUCCCGAAAGUUUCAAACCUUUGGCACCUUCUCCGAACAUGUGAGCGCGGCAGAAUGUCGACGAGGCCCCGAAUGGGUUCCUUCGAUUCUCUGGCAAUUGCUCUGGUCCUGGGUAUUUGCGCCAUACAUUCUGUGGAAGAUUCGCAACAUUCAUGACAUCCAUCACUGGCGGCUUCAAAUCACCUGCUGCCUUAUCGCUGCUCUACCAGGUUCACCUAUGUGGUUCGCCGCGCUUUAUUCGACAACCAGCGUCUGGGCAGCUAUUAACAAAUACUGGGUGCCAGCUCUUUGGUUUACUCCCGGUAUAAUGACAAUGGAAGCCGUUACCAUCUUCUUUCCGUGUUAUGAACUUGUCGUUUCCAGGGGACAGAGGGAUCGCGUUCUGGGAGAACUCCAAGCAUGGAAUGAAGAGAGAACAUCCAGUGGAGAAAAGUUGACCUCAGCACCAUCAAGAACUCCUAGUCAAGUCAGCCGCUUGCCUGAAGUUUAUUCUAGAGAAGCUUUAGGGAGGUACCUGGAAGAAGACUCCAGUGCUCUUCUGCGAUUUGCCGCAGCCAAGGAAUUCAGCGGUGAGAACAUCAUCUUUCUAAAUUACGUGCGCGACUGGAAAGCCGCAUGGGCAGAGAUCAGUGAAUCCAGACCAGAUUACGAUUGGAACUGCGAUCCCCAGUAUUACCGACGCCAUUUCUUCAAGUUCGCACUCGAAAUCUACGCGGCCUGUGUCGAUAUCAACUUCGCAGAAUUCCCUAUCAACAUCGAGUCUCGAAUUUACUCAGAUCUUAUGGCAAUUUUUGGUGAAGCCUCCCAGAUUAUCUGCCAAUCUAUGCCUGGAAGGGCUGGAACACGCGCGUACAGGAAUCUUCCCGAGUCUUACAACACGAUGACAACGCACCGAAAAAAGUUUUCAACGGUGAUAACUAUAGAGGAAGACACUCAGGCUCUGUGUUUAGAUGCAAACCCUCACGAGGGCCAGAGUAUCAUGCAUAUUGAGUCCCGUGUUCCGGACUCUGUUAUCGUUCCUUCAAACUUCACAGCUGAAGCAUUUGACCAGGCCGAGAAGUCUAUCAAGAACCUGGUGUUCACAAAUACCUGGCCCAAGUUCAUCGAUUUUUCGAGUGACGUAUCGAUUCAUUCUAAAUGA